AUGCUCGUCAGCACCAACAACGAAAAGAAAAGUCCCUUCUUCACCUUCCUCAGGGCCAACCUUGUCCUCAGCUCCUCGUCCUGCGCCAACACCCCGCAGCUCGAACCCAUGCAGACCACCGCAUCGCUUCCUGCUAGCUUCACCAAGCCGAGCGCUUCUACCCUCCGCCACAGCCGCAGCAGCAGCACCAGUAGCAUCAGCAGCAACGGCAGCACUGGUAGCCGUCGUCGCCAGCGCUCCCCUCCCUCGCCAACUCCCUCGGCCUGCAGCCUGGACUCCCUCCCUCUCGACGAUGACAUCCCGCCGCUGUCCCUCGAGCCCCUCGAGACCACCGAGGACAAGGUAGAGGGGCUCCGCCUGGUCGCCGACUCCGUCGCCCAGAUGCACCAGCGCGCCUUCAGCACCGUCCUCUUCCACCCUCUCUGCCUCGCCGGAUACGCCGCCACCCUUGCCGGCCUCUACCAGGCCUUCGGCGCAAAGUCCGACCUGGGCAGCUGCAUCAUCGUCGCCUGCGGCGUCACCAUGUCCUACAUCCUCCUGGUCCGCUACCUCACCAGCGGCUACAUCCGCCUCGCCGAGCAGACCAACUGGUGGUCCUGGAUGACCGGUGGGAGCGGCGCAGAAGGCGCCGAGGAUAUCGUCCUGGGCGCCCGCUUCGGCGGCUCCCUGAUCGGGGCUCUCGUCCUCCGCCUCGAGCCCAACCCCAGCCUGGUCGGGAAGAAGAAGAGCCGCAGCACGGCGCUGAAGAGGGGUGGCCGGGGCGUCAUCCGCGCCUGGACCACCCGCAUGAAGUUCCGGGGCGAGGGCGUCGGCAACGACCUGCUCAAGGCGGCCAUCAAGGUGACCAAGGAGAAGUGUGGCCGGGAUGCGGAGGUCGGUUUCGCCCAGGAGCACGCGAACAGCACCAUGGUCCUGCCUGCCAUGUUCAAUGGCUCCUUCCGCAGGGAUGAGAUUCUCGCAACCAAGGCUCUGCAGACCGCCGUGUCCGAGUGGGAGGGCACCAAGAGGAAGAGGUGA